CCCGCUGUACUGCGGCCUGCACCGUUCCAUUUCCAUUUCUGAUCCCCCUUGUCUAGAAGCGUUCCUUAAAAAUUACUUAAGGAUUCAGCUUGCCCCUUCCAACUCUCUACACAAUUCCCAGAAUCCCAAUCCAAAAUGUUACGCAGGCCCAUUUUACAGCUUGCGAGCCGUAGUUCAGUUCAAAGGGUUCCAUUACAGAUUACUACUCAGGUGCCUUCACAUCUUUCUUCCAGAAGGGCAUUCUCAGAUACUCAGAAUAAUGAACCUCAUCAGCGUAAUCCGUCUGGCAAUGCUUCCGAGUCUCAGAGUUCUCUACCAAAAAUUAUUGGUGGAAGUCUUGCAUUGGGUUCUGUUCUCAUGGUAGCUAACUAUUAUGGUGUUCUUGAUAGAUAUCUUGGUAAAGAGCAGCAACAACCCAUCAAGUAUGAUGAUGAUCAGAAUGGAGAUAAGAACACACAGGAAUUACCAGAGCAAAGUACAUCACUACAAGAUAGUGAAUUGAAAAAAACAAUUUCAGCGACAAGCUCGCAAGAGUCAGAUUCAUCAAUAUUUAAUGCAGACAAUGCGAAUAAAAACAUUGAAACACAUUCAAAACUGAGUCCGGCAGAACAUUCUAUCACAACUGAAGAGGAUAGCAAAUUUCAAGCAAAAGAUACAGUAGAACCGUUGCAAGAAAAUAUUGAACGUGUUCAAGAGGAAGACUUGGCCAGUUCUCCUCCAAUCAGCAUGUCAUCUGAUGAUGUAACUAAUAGACCAACAGAAGAAAGUUUUGAAAUGAAGAGCGCAGAGGUAAAACCCGAUGUGGAGCAGGAUAAGGCAAUUGAAAUCACUCCAACACUUACGUUAACUGACAAACUUUCUUCAGAAAAUGAUAUCAAAUCCAUAUCUGGAGAGCAAAUGACCUCUCAAGACAUGCGUGAGGUACAUGAUGACAAUUCUAAGGUUGCUCUGGGUGAUGAAACAAGAAAGCCGAGUUCUCUCCUUGAUGAUUACUAUUUAGGGAAUAAAGAUGCAGAAUCCUCUACAGCUUCCUCCAAUGAAAAUAAGAAUGUAGCUGCAGCAAUAGAGGAUGUACCUGACGGUUACAUAUCAAAGGAUGGGAAAUUGGUUCUUGACUUCUUACAAGCCAUACAUGCUGCUGAGAGAAGGCAAGCUGAGUUAGAUGCUCGUUCUUUUGCUGAAGAGAAGAGAGCGUUGAAGGGAAAGUACGAAAAAGAACUCAAGGAUACAAGGGCCAGGGAACUCUUUUAUGCUGAGAGGGAAGCCAUUCUGGAUAAGGAAUUAAACAAAGAAAGAUUGAAAGCAGCUGCUGCUCUCAAAUCACUUCAAGAAAAAUUAGAAGAAAAGCUCAAAACAGAACUUGAACAAAAGGAAACUGAAGCAGAAUUAAAGCUGCAGCAAAUGCAGGAGCUAGCUAAAGCUGAAUUGGCUGCUGCAAUUGCAAGUGAGAAGACUUCCCAGAUUGAAAAAAUGGCAGAAGCUAAUCUUAAUAUAGAUGCCUUGUGCAUGGCAUUUUAUGCACGCUCGGAGGAAGCUCGCCAGAGUCAUUCUAUUCACAAGCUUGCCUUGGGAGCACUUGCAUUAGAAGAUGCGCUGUCCAAAGGGUUGCCAAUUCAGAGAGAAAUAGAAGUGCUCCACUCUUACCUUGAAGGCAUCGACAAAGACUCUCUUUUGGAUCUUGUUCUAUCUUCCCUUCCUGAAGACACCUGUAAAUAUGGGACUGAUACAGUGUCCCAGUUGAAUCAUAAGUUUGAUGGAUUGAAGGGAACACUCCGGCACUUUAGCCUUAUUCCACAAGGUGGUGGCGGUAUAUUGUCACAUUCAUUAGCUCAUGUUGCUUCUUGGUUGAAGGUUAAGGAUGUUGACGAAUCUGGUGAUGGAAUUGAAUCUCUCAUAAAUAGAGUCGAGAGCCUCUUAGCUGAAGGGAAACUUUGUGAAGCUGCAGAUGCUCUUGAGAAUGGUCUUAAAGGCAGCCAGGCAGCAAACAUUGUUGACGACUGGGUUAGGCAAGCUAGGGACAGAGCAAUCACCGAACAAGCUUUAAUGGUCCUGCAAUCUUAUGCGACUUCUAUUAGCUUAACAUAAUUUCUAGGCCCAUACAUUCAUAGCGAGUUUAUUUUCCUCAUUUUUUUCCAAGGAUUAUGCAAACCUUAACGGGAUACUUUUCCUGCCUAAGGAGUUUCUGUAAGUGAUUGCAGCAUUUUUCUUCUGUUGCAAUACAGGCUGAUCGAACGUGGCCUUUAAAUAAAAACAUGAUGUAUGGUUAUUGUAGAGCAAUUGCAGUUUACAGAUGCAUUGUAGACAAUUAUUUGAACGUCUUCGCCGUAGAGCAACCUGUUACUGUG